UCUUCAGGCGUGCAUUGAAAAAUCUCAAAAGACAUUAAUAAAGUUUAAUAAAAAUAAAAUAAAAUGCUGACAAAUUCGUUAAAAACUAUACUUAUAUUGGCUAUCAUGCCACUCAUAAGUUUAGCUGUCAAUCCGGAAGAAGAUCUACUUACGUACAGAGCUUCCCCAAAACUCACGGGACCUGUAAAGCUUCUACACGAUCCCGAAGAUGUCUUACUGAAUACUUUGGAUGCAGAUCUGGAGAAGAUUUCCACGAUCUACAUGCAGGCCUUGUUCGCUGGUACUCACACACCGGAACUAGAAGCUCCACUGAGAGCUUUGGAAAUGGAAUUGUUCGAUCUGCUGGAUCAGCUUUAUCAGCAGAAUCGUCUCAAGGACUAUAUGAAGUACGAGGCGGAAGUGACUCGGCAAAUGAUAAUCUACAACAUGCUGAAGAGAUUGUUUGGCUACACUCAGGAUGUGGUGGAAGUUGAAAGAAUCUAAGCUGUAAAUUAUAAAUUUGUUUUUAGAUUUAAGGUUUAAAGUUAAGGAAA